CGGCUUGAUAGGACCACAGCGCGAGAGAGCCCCGCGGUACAGCGUCCCGCACAAUAUAGCGGGGGACCUAUGCUUUUGGCAACUUCCACACAAAAAAUGCAAAGGAAACUGGGUUCAGCCGCCCGCGGAAACCAAUUCCGGAAUGCCCCCGACAUUUGAGUUAUAACGAUGCGAUAGCAUUCGCGCAUUUGGAAACGCCAGUGAGUUUUUGACUCGAAGCGGCGGCGUGGACUACCGAACGGAGCGGCUCUGCAGCAUGCUGUGGGAUGGAUGAGGAGGAGCAGAAUCGCUACGUGGUCCAGCUGAAGGAGGAGUUCGACAGCUGCGACACCACGGGCACCGGCUACCUGGACAAGGAGGAGCUGACCGCCCUGUGCGGCAAGCUGCACCUGGAGGCCCACCUGCCCCUGCUGCUCGGCACGCUGCUGGGCCCCCACCACUAUUCCCGGGUGAAUUUUGAGGAGUUUAAGGAGGGCUUUGUGGCAGUUCUCUCACGGUCUCUGGAUCUGAGCACUUCCGAAGAGGAGACCAGCUACCUGGAGCCAGUGGUACCGGAAGAGGUGAAGCCCAAAUUCGUGAAGGGGACCAAACGCUACGGGCGCCGGUCUCGGCCGGACGGUCCCGACUCCGAGCUGACCGCAGAUUCGGAGGAGACGCCCCCGCUGAGGCCGGACCAGCCCGAGCCCUUCCCCUCGGGCGUCAGGAGGGCCAAACUGAGGCGGUCCACUUCGCUGGAGAGCGUGGAGAGCCUGAAGUCUGAUGAGGAGACAGGAAGCACCAAAGACGCCUCUCACCAGACCUUCGAAGCUCAAGGUCAGCUGAAGCGAUGGAAACGGGACGCCGUGGAGACGCCCCGCCCUUCCCCCGUCCCGCGCCCCAGCGCCCCGGAGGCGGGGGACGGACAGACGCAGGGGGUGUGGGAGGAGCUCGGAGCGGGCGGGGACGGCUUCCUCACCAGGCCGGAGCUGUCCGUCGCGUGCAGGAGCCUCGGCCUGCAGGACCUGGGCGCCGAGGAGCUGGAUGUCCUCUUCAGGAGGCUGGACAAGGACAAGGAUGGGAGGGUGAGCCUGAGGGAGUUCCAGAAGGGCCUCUUCAAGCACGGAUUGGUCCCCGCCCCCGCCUCCUCCUCCACCCCUAUCCGCCUGCUCCCCCAGCGCUCCCUCACACAGGCCUUCGAGGACAGCUCGGUGCGGUCCACCUCCCCCUCGAUCCUUUCGCCCACCGUGGGCCAGCGCCUGCUGAGCCGGCUGGACGACGGGUCGGGCUGCGCCAGCGCCGACCGGAUCAUCACCACCUGGAGCGACGAGGGGAUCCGCAACAGCCGGGACAUCCUGCAGGUGAGCCCCCCCCCCCCGAAGCGCCACGCCGCGGCUAACGCGCGAGCGCUAACUUUAAACUGGUUUUUCCAAAUUGUGGUCACUCACUCACUCACUCACUCACGGACGACCUUUGAGGGACGUUUUGUGGGAUGCAUGCGCAGGCGGUGCCAGCUAAAAUGUGUCUGCGGAAGUGAGUUGCGCUGUGGGUCUGGACGGUUCCGUGCUUGUUAUACCUGUCUAUGGUUAAAACCAGUGCGGUUUAUGCAACCCAGCAGUAUGGAAAGUUUCUGGGCGGCAUUCAGUCAGUUAGCUGAAGACCUGGACUUCUCGCUGGACGAGAAGGUCAGCCUGGCCGAGCUGACCCUGGCGCUGGACAACGAGCUGCUGGUCAGCGGGAACGGGAUCCACCAGGCCGCCCUCAUCUCCUACAAGAACGAAAUCCAGUUCCUGCAGUAGGUCUUCGAACAAGCCCACCCUGCCCCGAAACCCAAGUGGUUCUUCCCCUGGCAGCCCUCUGGACGGACAGGUGCGUCGGACGGCCUGCGGGCGGAACAAGUCACGACUGGGUGCACUGGUAGGGAGGUGGACGACCGGCACGCCACCAUGGAGACGCUCAACGAAACCAAGAUCAGGGGUCUGGAGCAGGAGUUCCGGGACAGGCUGACGGCCCUGCGGAGUGAGUCGGAGCAGGAGAACGAGGCGCUGCUGCAGCAGGUGGAGCAGGAGAGGUCCCGGCUGCAGGUGGAGGUGGAGAGCCUGCGGGCGCAGGACGCCGGUCUGCGGGAGGAAGUCAGCGCGUCCAAUCAGGAGAACGGGCGGCUGGAGAAGGAGCUGAGCGGGCUGAAGGGGAAGCUCUCUGAGGCCGAGGGGACCAUCGCCAAGCUGCAGAGGGACCUGGACGGCCUGCUGCUGGACAAAUUUGGCAGUCUGGACCCAAAUCAUGCGGGAAUGAACCAGGAAGAACGUUUCUCUGAGAUCAUCAAGGAGUACGAGCUACAGUGUCGGGAGCUGCGGGACAGGAACGACGAGCUGAAUUCUGAGGUGGAGAUGCUGAAGAGCCAGGGAGGGGGGCGGAAGAGCAGGAGGGCGCGGGACGGCCUGUCCACCCAAACCUGGUCCAACCGGAGAGCGCUCACCACCGAGUCCGAUUCUGAUGACCCAGAGAUGAAGAGAGGCACUUCCCCGCUGGACAGGAAGAAGCUCCAGGUCGCCGACAAAAAUGGACUGGGGUCGCUGGAGAACAUGUCGGCGAACGUGAGCAUUGAGACGGAGCUGGCCGUGGAGCAGCUGAAGGAGCAGCACAGUCGGGAGGUGCAGGACCUGAAGAUCCAGCUGGAGACCAAGGUGAACUUCUACGAGCGCAGCCUGGAGCUGAUGCGGCGGAACAUGGAGGUGGAGCGCAAGGACAUCUCGCAGGCCUUCAAGAUGGAGAUCAGCGAGCUGGAGGAGCAGAAGGCGCAGGCGGAGGAGCGGGCGGAGCGGCUGCGGGAGAGCCUGGAGGAGGCGCGGGCGGAGGCGCGGGCUGGGGCGGGGUCAGGGGCGGGCACCUGGGGCCCCGAGCAGGAGCGGCGGGCGCAGCGGGAGCGUGCCGAGCUGGAGCAGAACUACGCCCGUGAGAUCGGCAACCUGGUGCAGCGGCUCACCGGCGAGAGGGACCAGCUGGAGGCGGAGCUCAAGCUGAGGAUGGACGAGGAGGUGCAGCUGGUCAGGGAGGAAGAGGAGGGGAGGAGGGCUCAGAUGAAGGCGCAGCACGCGGAGGCCCAGCGUGCCCUGCGGCACCAGCUGCACUGCGAGCGCGUCCGGCUGCAGGAGCAGGCGGAGCACCUGCGCAGCGUCGCCGUGGAGACGAAGCGGCUGGAGGCCAGGGGGGCGGGCCUGGAGGCGGAGCUACGGGAGGGGCGGGCCCAGCUGGAGGACUGCGUGGGGGAACUCAGGUCCCAGAAAGCCCUGGUCCAACGACUGGGCACCGAGCUGAGCGCCAAGGAGGAGGAGCUGGAGGCGGCCGGCGAGAGGGAGGGCGGGCUGAGGGAGGAGUUGGGCGAGGCGCGGGCGGAGGUCCAGGCCCUGCUGAAGGAGAAGGAGGCGCUGCUGGACAGCCACGGCGCUCUGUCCACUGCUCUCGCCCAGCAGGAGGCGCUGCUGCGUGUCAGAGAGGAAGAGCUGGACCUCCUGAGGGGGGCGGCGGAGGAGAACGAGGAGGUCCUGAGGAGCAAGGGGGAGGAGCUUCUCCGCCUCGCCGCUGCGGUGCAGUCCGCGGAGGAGGACAGAGCCAGGCUGGCGGAGGAGCUGGAGGCGCAGGGCGGGGUGGAGGAGCGGCUGCGAGCGCGGGCGGAAGGUCUGGCCGAGGAGCUGGAGCGGGCGAGGGGGGCGGAGGAGAGCCUGCGGGACGCCCUGGGGCGGGAGCGGGGGGAGGCGGCGCGGGUUCGGGCCGCCCUGGAGGCGGAGCGCGAAGAGAGCAGGCGCCUGGCCCAGGAGAGCGCCCGCCACGCCCGUCUCUCGGACCAGCUGCCCGCGCAGGCGGCGAAGGCGGAGGCGGAGGCACCGCGGCUGAGGGAGGCCGUCCAGGACCUGCGGCUGCAGCUGGGCCGGAGGGACCGGGCCGAGCAGGAGCUGCGGAACCUCCUGGAGACCCAGACCCAGCUGGCGCAGCGCCUGAAGAAGGAGGUCCGGGAGAAGGCGGAGCUCCUGCAGCGCGAAGACGAGCUUUCCCGAGAACGCGCCGACGCGAUCGAGCAGCUGGCCGCCCAGCUGAGGGUGAGAGAGGAGGAGCUGAGGGUGAGAGAGGAGGAGCUGAGGGUGAGAGAGGAGGAGCUGAGGGUGAGAGAGGAGGAGCUGAGCGCGAGAGAGGAGGAGCUGAGAGUGAGAGAGGAGGAGCUGAGAGUGAGAGAGGAGGAGCUGAGGGUGAGAGAGGAGGAGCUGAGCGCGAGAGAGGAGGAGCUGAGAGUGAGAGAGGAGGAGCUGAACGGGAGAGAGGAGGAGCUGAGCUCCUCCAGGGGGAGGCGCGAGGAGUCAGGCGGCCGGCUCCAGCGGGAGCUGAGCCUCGCGCAGGCCGAGGUGCGCCGGGUGGAGGAGGAGUUCCGCGUGGAGAAGGGCAAGAUGGCGGAGCAGCUCCUGCAGAUGGAGCGGCUGGUCAUGGCUCUGGAAGAGGAGAUGGUGGACCAGGCCGGUCCUGAGAGGGCAAAGCUCGAGGAGGUCGCCGCGGAGAACACCAAGUUGAAGGACAGGCUUGUGAUGUCACAGGAAGAUGUGCAGAGGCUCGAGGAGGAGGUUCAUAAGAGUCGGAAGAAACUUGAAGAGCGGGAUAAAGAACACGAGAAGAGCAGAGAGGAAGUGGAGAGGCUUUUCAAAGAGAAUGCCCGGUACCGAGAGGAGGUUCUGGAGCUGAGUGCCCGGAACCUGCAGCUGAGCGGGGAGAACGCCGAGCUGAGCGCCCGUCUCCGUGCCGACCAGGGCGCCGCGCAGCUGCUGACCGCGCGGCUGGCCCAGCUGUCCCGGGAGCAGGAGGAGGGCGCCGCCGUCGCCCGGCAACUGCAGGAGGCCGCCGACAGGACGGAGCGCGAGCAGCUGCAGCGGCGGUCGGGCUGGGGGCGGGAGAAGGAGCUGCUGGAGGCGGAGCUGAACGCCGCCAAGGAGAAGCUGCAGCGCCUGGCGGACGUGGAGGCGGAGCUGACCGGCCUGGCGCUGAAACACAAGUGGCUGGAGAAGGACAAGGAGCGGCUGCAGAGGGAGGUCGAGGACAGGGCGCAGAAGAUGCAGACGCUGCAGGACUCUCUGCAGUCUCUCAGCUCCCAGGCGGAACAGCUGCACUCCCAGCUCCAAACCGUCACUCUGGAAAAAGGCCUCCAGGCCCAGGAGCUGGCUGCCAAUCAGAGGAUGCUGCAGGAGGCCAAGGACAAGGUUAAGGGACUGGAGGCCUCUGUGGAGAGACUGCGGAGGGAGAAGGAGGAGCUGACCCUGUCCCAGCAGCACCAGGAGGGGGAGAGGGUCCAGGCCCUGCAGGAGCAAUGCCAGACCCUGCGCUCCCAAAAUCAGGGCCUGCUCCACCAGGUGGACCUCCUGCAGCUCCAGCAGGCCGAGCUCCAGAAGGUGACCCAGGAGUGCCAGACUCUGAAGACCAGACAGGCGCAGCUGGAGACGGCCGUGCAGGAAGGACAGGACCAGCUCCUGAAGGCCAACGCGGCCCUGACCCUGGCCCAGUCCCAGCAUGCCCGGGAGGUGCAGGAGCUGAGGGAGCGGGCGGGCGCGGGAUCCAGGGAGCAGCUGGCGCACAGCCACGCCCGCCUGGCGGAGGAGCAGCGGCGGGCGCUGCAGCUGGAGGAGCGGCUCGCCGCCCAAUCCCGCCAGACCAGCACACAGCUGACCCUGCAACAGGAGCAGUAUGAGAAAUCCAUUAACUGCAUGGAGGAGAAGAUGGAGGAGGUGGAGGCCAAGCUGAAGAACCUCCGCUCGUUGCUGCAAGAGAAGGUCAACCAGCUGAAGGAGCAGCUGGCCAAGAACGCCAAGGCGGACGUGCUCCUGAAGGACCUGUACGUGGAGAACUCGCAGCUCAUGAAGGCCCUGCAGGUGACGGAGCAGCGACAGAAGAACGCAGAGAAGAAGAACUUCCUGCUGGAGGAGAAGAUCGUCGCCCUCAACAAGCUGCUGCGCAGGAUCGCGCCGACCUCCCUUACCACGUAGCGCACCCCCCCCCCAAACCCCAUCGCCCCUAUAGAACAAUCUCCCGAAAGCCAUAAAAACAAACCAUUACUGUAUUCAGCCAUCCUCCACCCCAUAACCCCUGCUAACCAAGAGCCUUGGACAAUGGAAGCAGGUUUGACUUGAAGGUGGGGAGUCCUGGGGUGGGGGAGCAUGACCGUGAAGUUAUUACCGUUUCUACCAUCAGGGUAUUAUGUAAUGUACUUAAUUUCUGGUUAAUGUAGAGGUUAAAUUGAGACCAUGUUUUUUUUUUUUUCCUCCCUGUGAAGCUCACUGUUGUUUUUAAGUGUAUAGUAUGUGGUCUCUUAAGAGGCAGCUAGUUUACCUGGACAGAGUAGUCCGAUUUAAAGGUGGCAAUUGACAGCAGGUGAUCCAAGGCCAGUAUCGGACAGUACUGGGGGAUCUGGUCGUCAGUGCGUUUUAAGGACUAACGGUAACAGUUCACCUGUAUUUUACACACAAACCUGGGGUUAUAGAAUUUCAACCUGUAUUGUCUUCACCACAGGAGCAAUUAAAACACAGGCCAGCCCCUUUCCUCCUCGUAUGCAACCUGUCCAUGAUCAGGAUUGGUCAAAAGUGUCACACGGGGGCAUUUAAACCAAUCAUGGACAAGUGCAUGCGUGUGAGGGGGGAGCACUGUGGAAGAAUUUACUUUGGAAAUGUACUUUUACAGGUAUUUACAAGCAAAAGGCAUUUUUGCUGCAUAACAAAGUUUUGCACAACUACCAAAUAAUUCAUUCAAAAUGGUAUUGAAGUAACCCCAUACUAUUUUUUAAAAAUGAAGUGUUCUUUAUUGUUUUAAAUGUCAAAAGCACAGUAUGCAUAAAAUGUACAGUUUUUAUACAAAACACUUCCUAAAAUCGCACACACUAAACCUGAUGCACUGCUGUAAAGUACACUUUGUUUCACGUAAAUUAUUCAUGUUUCAAGUGUAUUUGGAACAAGAUCAAGUUGCCUGAUAUUUAGUCAUCCUAGUUGUGCUCCCUAUGUUUUAGGUACAGGAUUAAUUGUGUUAAAAAAAAAAAAAAGUAUAUUUAAUGGUGAUAACACACCUAAGCCAUUGGAAGUUUAAGGCAUUAAAAAGCAGUCCAUGAACAAAUUCAAACGUUUGAAGAAGGAAAAAGAAAAAAAGAAAAAGUGAGGUAAUAAAUGACAUCACAUGAUACGGAA